GCACAACGCCAUUCCGGACAGAAGAGGGUAAUUGGGGAAUUAGAACGAUGAUUCCGGACGGUGGCCUCGCCGGCGUGCGCUUUAGCUCGAACAAGCGGCUUUUCUCGUAGCAAAUCGGGGUGUUUGUUCUUUAAAUAUAGUUUUUUGUGGCAUAUACUAUCCAAACCAGCACAUCAUAAUUUUUAUCAAAGUCUUAUAAAGGCAGAACAAAGACCCGAAGAAGAUAGAGCGGCAACUGAACCAACAGAUUUGGAACAAAUAUAAAAGCGGCAACUGAGAAAGAGAUUUUGGGAGAAGAGGAGGAAGAAGAAGAAGAAGAAGAAAAAGAAGAAGAGAAAAGCAAGUCAAGAAAAAUGCCAUCACGUACCUCGACAACGAUGAAGGCUCUUCGCCUCCUUCGCGAAUCUGCUGCGGAGUCUCCUCGUUUGGUAUUCACCCAGGUUCCAAAACCAGCUCUUGUUCCGAACCAUGUGUUGGUCAAAGUUCACGCCUCGGCUAUCCAUCCUAGCGACGUCGGCAACGCUAUGGGCCACUUUUCAUACACUCAAUUCCCCCGAAUCGCCGGGAGAGACUAUGCAGGCGUCAUCGAAGAUGGCCCCGAGGAGCUUAUCGGACAGGAGGUGUAUGGCACCAGCGGACACGCAUAUGCCUUUACAAAGGACGGGUUUCAGGCAGAAUACUGUCUCAUUCGCGAGGAUGAGGUUGUGCUGAAGCCGAAAAACAUUUCCUUUGUCCAGGCGGCAACACUGGGCGUUCCCUUCACGACGGCUGCGCAGAUGGUGGAGAGGGCAUCCAUCACAGAAUCCGACACCGUUCUCGUAAUAGGGGCCAACGGUGCGGUUGGGUCUUCUGCCGUCCAACUCAUUAGAAACAUUGGCGCGCGUAUCAUCAAGGCCACACGCGACGAAGGAGAUGAUAUCAACACCGACAAGGAUGUUGAGCUAAAGGCCGUGGACACGCUGACCAAAGGCCAAGGAGUCGACGUUGUCCUUGACACCGUAGGAUCGCCCAUCUUGACAGUUAACGCGCUCAAGAAGCUGGCAAAGAACGGCCGCCUUGCUUUCAUCUCAGCACCCAAGUCCGGCGCGAGGGACAUUAGUUUCGACAUGCGGGACUUUUACCGCGCGGACUUGAGCUUGUUGGGAUGCAACUCGCUGAAUCCAUCGCCCAAGGAGAUGGCCCGACGGCUCAAAGGUAUCAAGGAGCUGUUUGAGGCUGGGGAGCUGAAAGUUGAGAGCCAGUGGACGCCCGUGCCAAUUGAGCAGGCAGCGGAGGCGUAUGAAAAGUUGAUUAAGCGAGCGACUGAUGAGAAGUAUGUUGUUGUCAUGGAGUAGAAGAUGGAGCGGAUGAUUGAUGGGUAUUUUUCAUGAUGUAUGAUUAUAUAUAUGGGCGAUAGAUUUCUGC